AUGGCAGAAGAGCUGCACUUUGAAAACUCAACCGUAGCCGGUAGUGCAAACGGAGAAGUGCCGUUGGAACAACGACACCCCUACGCUCUCUCGCCCACCUUCCAGCAGUCCUCCCACAAUCCAUUUGCGACCCCACCAAGCCUCAGCCGUGCCCCCAGCCGUGGCAUCAGCGUUGUUAGUUCGCAACGGACGCCACUAUCGGGACGACAAACCUUGCAUCCUUGUACGCAGCCAGCCGACCCCUCCCCCAAAACUUGCUUUAAUCUUAUCGCAGUUGCCUACACUCAUGGCGCCAGACGACGCAAGUUCAAAAGUUCAAGACUGAACCCGGGAGAGUAUGAUGAGAAGCCGUGGCUGCAAGACAAAGUCCCGAGAAGGGAAUGGGAAAGGAUUAUCUUCUGGGCCGCUAUAAUGCUCGGAUUUGUCAUUGGGGGCGCAAUAUGCUUCCUGUCUUGGACCAACGUGAUGCACGGCGAGUUUUGCCUCAUGCACGAGGACGACUUCAGCGCCGGCAUCGACGGCAGCACGUGGAACUACGAGAUCCAACGUGGCGGCUUUGGCACCGGCUCCUUCGAAUGGACCACCGAUGACCCGAAGAACGUCUUCACCGAUGGGGAGGGCCUACACAUCGUGCCGACCCUGACCACCGAGAGCACAAACAUCACACUCGAUGACAUGUACGACAAGUACGUCGUGAACCUUACCACCGACGGCACAUGCACGCACCCGUGCCUGGACAUUGACUCCUGCUCCAUCCGCAGCAACAAGACCGCCGGCACCAUCAUCAACCCGGUUCGCAGCGCUCGCCUCAACACCCGCGGCAAAAAGACCAUCCGGUACGGCAAAGUCGAAGUCGUUGCAAAGAUGCCCAAGGGCGCGUGGCUGUGGCCGGCCAUCUGGAUGAUGCCUGACGCAGAUGUAUACGGGGUGUGGCCGCGCAGUGGCGAGAUCGACAUCGCCGAGAGCAGGGGCAACUAUGGCGAUGAGUAUCCAGACGGGCGCGAUAGCGUUGUCAGCGCGCUGCACUGGGGCCCGCUUCCCGAGGCCGACGGCUUCUACAAGACCAGUGGCAAGCACAACGUCCGCCGUACGGACUACACCGAGCAGUUUCACACGUACGGCCUCGAGUGGACCGAGGACUACCUGUUCACGUACCUGGACACCCGGCUCUUGCAAGUCUUCUUCAUCAAGUUCAGCCACGGCUACUCAAGCAUGUGGGACCGCGGCCACUUUGGCGAGACCAAGAUCAACAAGUCGGCCCUCUUCGACCCGUGGUCGGCGACGGGCCGGGCCAACACGCCCUUCGACCAAGCCUUCUACCUCAUCCUAAAUGUUGCCGUCGGUGGCACCAACGGCUUCUUCAAAGACGGCGUCGCAGACAAGCCCUGGGUCGAUGCGAGCAUCCAUGCUCCCAAGGAGUUCUUCGAUGCGCGCGAGCUGUGGCGCCCUACCUGGCCGGAUGAUGACAAUGAGAGGGGGAUGACGGUGAGGAGGGUGAAGAUGUGGAGGCAGGGGAAGUGCUAA